AAUUUCCACAUCCAUCCCCAUUAUUUCUUACCAGCCUUUUCGCCCCUUCCUUUGUCAAUCCCUUUUGGUCCCCCCUCCGAUGAAAAUUCUCUUUCCACCUUUGCGUCGGAGUCAAGCUUUUUCCCAACCUUUGCCUCCGAUUCUUGCUACUCAUAACUGUACGCACACAUGAUGCGCUGUGUGAAUCUGUUCUAGAACCGCGCGGAAGAAAAAUGUCCUCGGGCAGUUAUCGGAACGAUGCCGGAUGGCAGAGUUCGGCGCCGGAGGGGUUGACGGAUCAUGUAACGGAGUUUGUGAAGGCGGCGGCGGAGAUGGCGGUGGAGUUCGGGAAGGGGUGCAGGGAUAUAGUGCGUCAGAGUUUAGUGAGGGAGGACUCGUACAUCGGGAGGACGUUGGGGAAGGGCUCGUCGUACGUUGGGAGGAAAGUGCGGUGGGCUUCUGAGAAGCUGGGAGUGUUCAAUCAGUACCUGCCGGAGGAUAAGGAUCCCUUGCACGCCUUGGCGGUUAUAUUCUUUGUCUGCGCUUUUGCAUUUGCAGCCUUGAAUCUGAGUACCGAAGAUGAUACCUCUUCCAUCCCAUUGCCGAAGAAAGUGUACCUGCAUCCUCCUAGUGCAAACCUCCUAGUGCUUCCGGAUGGUAGGUACUUGGCUUACAAGGAGCAAGGUGUUUCAGCUGAAAGAGCUAGAUUUUCUAUCCUCGCUCCACAUACCUUCCUUUCCUCGAGGCUUGCAGGAAUACCCGGACUUAAGGCUUCACUGCUGGAAGAGUUUGGGAUUUGCUUGCUAACAUAUGAUCUUCCUGGUUUUGGCGAGAGUGAUCCUCAUCCCAACAGGAACCUUGAGUCGUCAGCAAUGGACAUGUUACUUUUAGCAAAUGGUGUUGGCAUCAAUGACAAGUUCUGGGUUGUGGGAUACUCGAGCGGAAGCAUGCAUGCUUGGGCUGCACUCAGAUACAUUCCUGAUAGAGUUGCCGGUGCAGCCAUGUUUGCUCCAAUGGUUAAUCCAUAUGAUCCAUGCAUGGCCAAAGUAGAGAAACGUGGAACCUGGGAUAAAUGGACACGAAGGAGGAAAUUUAUGUACUUUUUAGCUUUGAGGUUUCCUAGCUUUCUUUCUUACUUCUACCGUCAAAGCUUCUUGUCUGGAAAGCAUGGUCAGAUUGAUAAGUGGCUGUCAUUGUCACUGGGAAAGAGGGAUAGAGCUUUGUUAGAAGACCCACUCUAUGAAGAAUUCUGGCAAAGGGAUGUGGAAGAAUCAAUUAGGCAGGGAAAUACAAAACCCUUUGUCGAGGAAGCUGUGUUACAGGUCUCAAAUUGGGGUUUCAGCCUUGCAGAUCUUAAAUUACAAAAGAAACAGCGAGGGAAAGGCAUGCUUAAUUGGCUCAAGGCUAUGCUCACUGAACCUAAAGAGGAAUACACAGGCUUCUUUGGCCCAAUUCACAUAUGGCAGGGGAUGGAUGAUAGAGUGGUCCCGCCAUCAAUGACUGAUUUUGUGCACCGGGUUCUACCAGGAGCUGCAGUACAUAAGCUCCCAUACGAGGGUCAUUUUACUUACAUCUACUUUUGUGAUGAAUGCCAUAGACAGAUAUUGACGACACUUUUUGGAACCCCACAAGGCCCACUCACUACCAACAUUGAAAUAGAUCCAACUCUUGUUGAAGGUGAUUCAGGCCCACUCACUGCCAACGUUGAAAUAGAUCCAACUCUUGUGGAAGGUGAUUCCAAAGAGCGGGAAGAGACCGCAGAUCAACAGUAAGAGAAAAUACUUUGUGAGCCUUACAUGAAGAGGUAAUACUGAUUACGUAAUUCUCCUAGUUUACAUUGGAAAUAUACGAUGUAUAGGUUUGCUCUGUUACUCGUGGAGUGAAAGGAAAAACAAAAAGUUAAAAGAGUAUAUAGGUUAUUUUGUUUUUGGCUGCUGGUAUCUGUGGGGGUCUUAGGUGGUAUUGGUCUGGGAACUUUGGAGGUGUGUGACACUAAGCAAAAAUAUACAUGAAAUGAAAAUGUUCUUAUUCUCAGUAGGUAAAAGUGUUGCUCUGAUUUGCACUUCAA